AUGCCUGACGAAUACGAUGUCAAGGAUGAGCAUAGUGAACCUCACGGCGAUGGCGGUGAAGAGGAAGAAGAAGAAGAGAUCGCGGCCAUGAAGCGGCGCGUGGCUGAGAUGGAAUCUGAAGCGGCAAAGUUACGAGAGAUGCAGAGCCAACUCGAGACACAGUCCGAAAGCGGCCCUCGCGAAGACCGAGAAGAUGUCGACGCGCGGAGCAUCUUUGUAGGCAACGUCGACUACAGCGCUACACCUGAAGAGAUCCAGGCACACUUUGCAAGUGGACCGGGCACAAUAAACCGGGUGACGAUACUGCUGGACAAGUUCACCGGUCAUCCCAAGGGGUAUGCAUAUGUGGAAUUCUCAGAUGCUGCAUUAGUGUCGCAGGCAUUGGUGUUGAACGAGAGCGUCUUUCGCGGACGCAACCUAAAGGUCGUGCCAAAACGUACGAACUUGCCUGGUAUGGGGCGCGGUCGAGGGAGAGGUGGCGGUGCGCGUGGAGGCGGUGGUCGUGGAGGCUUUGGGGGCCGUGGCGGCUUUGGCGGCGGCGCUGGCUACGGAGGUCCAAGAGGCGGUCCACGAGGUGGUUUCCGAGGUCGUGGUCGAGGCUAUGCUCCUUAUUGA